UCCAGUCCAGUGGUUGGCGUUCGUACGUUUCGUUUGCUGCUGCCGUGCUGCGGUCAUUGUUAGUGCUAUCUUUCAUUUAUUUCAUUCACAAACAACUUUAUAGCGAAAGGUGAAAAGAGACCUGUCCGUCCGUCGGCCGCGUUUUUUUUUUUUCAUUCGCGGUGGUGGAUAUUUUGUAACCGCGAUACAGGCAAGGAGAAAGAAAAAAUUGUGUUUAAUUUUUCGCUGCUUCGUAUUGAAAGGGAAAAGUUGCUGCUGCUGGCUGGUUGUUUCGCUAUCCAUUUCGAGCCAACAAUGCCGUGCCCGUGCGUGCGCUUCGUGUUAGUUAUACAACAAUAAGCCUAGUUUUGUGUUGAUAGAAUUUCCCGUCGUUGACCUUAAAAAUCAGCGAUUUGAGGCGCGCAGCCAGCAGCGACUCAAGUGGACAUCAGAAUCUGCGUUCCUCCAAAGUACGAUUAUACAGGAAGUGCGGCGGGCAGGCAGGUGUACGAAAACGUCGACCAAAAUACACUUUACAGUAUUGAGAAGAUGCCAAAUUUGGAAGAAAUGCCAAAUUGAUUUAUCACAGAGAGUUUCGGUGAUGGAUAUUUAAUAAGGUACCGUCAACCGCAUAGCCAAGCCUAAAUUGAUCCAGAAAAAUGCAGAAACGGGCAUGCAAUUAGUCAAACCGAUAUUGUAUUUAAGAAAAAUAGAUAGUGGUUGACCUUUGUCAUAGCUGUACGGUGUGGGAGGGUUUAAUUUGGAGAAGAAAUACGAUUAUAAUUAAAAACAGACCUCGGUGCAAGGAAUGCUGGUGAGGAUGGCGUACACGUCUGUCCGAAAUAUGACAAAGGCGAAGAACUUCGCCUUCUUAAUAGUGGGAGCAUUUUUGGUGUUUGCUGUGGUAUCCAUAUUUAGCACCUCUAGCGCUGCCGCAGAUGACACUAACAAAGAAUACUCGACAGUUCCGGAGAAUGACAGCAUGGUGGUGUGUUUCGAAAGCUUUCAGGACACCCGCAAACUGCUGUACAGCUCCAUCGCCAGUGAUAACAGCAUCGUCCAUGCAGAUCCUGAGCCGAUCAUCUACUUCGUGACGCCAACCUAUCCUCGAAGGGAACAGGUAGCAGAAAUUACACGCCUCGGUCAAACGUUGAUGCACAUUCCUUAUCUGCAUUGGAUAGUAGCAGACGAUACGCCUGUGUGUAGUAACUUCCUCAACAACCUGCUUAAAAAAUUCGGCAUUCCCUACACCCACAUUGCUAGUCCUAUGCCGGAGUUUUAUCGCACCAAGAAGCUUGUCCCCCGGGGUGUUGCUAAUCGGCGAGCCGCACUUGCUUGGAUACGUAACAAUAAUAAAAAGGCAGGUGUACUAUAUUUCGGCGACGAUGAUAACACUUUUGACCUGAAGUUGUUCAGCGAAAUUCGCAGCACUAAAAAAGUAUCCAUGUUUCCGGUGGGCCUCAUUGGCGAUUAUGCCGUCAGCACACCGGUGGUGAAGCAUGGUAAAGUUGACGGUUUUUUCGACUCUUGGCCGGCGAAACGGAAAUGGCCCGUGGAUAUGGCCGGAUUCGCAGUCAAUCUGGAAUACAUGGGUCUCAGUCCGAAUGUGACGAUGCCGUUCAAGGCCGGCUACGAGGAGGAUGAAUUUCUCAAGAGCAUUGGACUGAAGAUGCAGGAUAUCGAACCGAAAGCCAACAACUGCACGGAAAUAUUGGUUUGGCAUACUCAAACCAAAAACAAUAAACCACCAAAGAUACGGAUUAGCAGUGGCGUACUGGAGAGUAACAAAUUCAACCUGGGGGUUCUCCUCAGGAAGCUCGAAACGAUGGGCGUGAAUCAUAUCAGUCAGACGGCGGGUACAGCAGCCCAGGUAACAAAGGACGGGAAAUCCAAGACACUAGGCUCGUGGUUCAGCUAAUUUUACAUUACUCCUAGCAAAGCAAAUUCUUUUUAAACAAACGGUAACGAAUCAGAACUUCAUUUUGCUUAGCAGUUUCAGUGAUGAAACAUGAAGUGUGCCAGACAAAUAUACUGAAAAGUGGUUUAUUCAAAAUGGAAUCUAGGAUAUCACAGACGCAUCAGUUCAUCCAACACGCACAUAACUGUACAUUAUCAUUAGAAUGUUGAUUUUUGAACAUUUAAACUUCAAGGACGAACUAAAGCUGGGCAAAUGCUGGGAAUGAAAAACCUUGAAAUAUGAUGCACUUUUUGAGAUUAUCACACACUACCCGAUCACGGAUCGAGAAAAAAAUGAUAGAUACAAUCGUGUUACGUAAAUAAGUAGGAAGUCAAUGCUUCGUUUUAAGAUGGGAUAUGAAUUCACAGAUUUAUCGGUAAUGAUCGGACUUAAACGUAUAAUAAAUGCUCUUGCUCAGGCAUGCAAAAUCAUCUACAUUCAUUUGCUUUUUCCAUAAAAUGAUGUAUGAAAUUUUUGUAGGUUUUAAAGAUAAGCUAAAACUUUUGUGAACAGUUUACAACAAUCUCUUAUGCAUGACGAAUUCGAGCGGGCCGAAUUUGCUAUUGUUUUUUUUUUUUUUUUUAAUUUACAUUCACUGAAAAAAUAUGGUGGGUUCUGUUCACUGGUUCAUCAUGCAUAAGAGAUAACGAUUUGAGUGAUUUACAAAAGUAGUAGCUAAUAUCAAAACCUUCACAUUUAUACAUACAUACAUAAUUUUAAUGAAUUCUGUUGAUGAAUAAUGUUAGAAGCAAAUGAAUGCAAAUGAUUUUUCAUGCCUGCCCUUGCUUAUUCGUUUGAAGUUUAGUUUUCUAAGCUAGCAAGGUAGAAUACCGAAAACAAAAGAAACACGAAAGACAAGAACAGGGACUAACUAUGCAAAUAGUAUAAAAUCAAAUUAUGCAUACCACACACUCACAUUUACAUAAAUCUGGUGAUAGAAACACUUCCAGACGCGUAGUUCUAUUUUGCAUUAAGUUUGCUGUGAUAUUAGUUUAGUUUUUUUUUCGGUAAAACUUCCGACAGGUCAAAUUUUAGUGAUUUAAUAAAAUUGAUAAAAUCAAUGCCUCGUUUUCAUCAAUGAUCGUUCGUUUGAUAUGGUUUGUUUUUGGUUGUGAUUGUUGCAUCAUUGAAGCAUUUUUUUUUAUCAAAGUGCAACACAGUAACAUAGUCAAAGAGGUUAAUAAAAUCUUGUAAAUAUGGUUUUCUUUUGACUGGGAGUGAUUGUUUAAAGCAAGACCGACAACAUGAAUGAUAGAAUACAUACAAUUUCACUAACAUUUAAUGGAAAAUGGUACAUUCUAUUAAUGAUAACAAGCAGCAACAAUCUCACAAACGUUUUGCAAGACAAUACAUUUCAAAUGAAAUGCAUAUCUGUAGGAAUCUACUUUGCUCGUAGAAUAUGUAACAUAAUACAGCAACCCAACUCGGCGACACCAGACUGAGCUCUAAAGUUACAUGAAAUUAUCUAUAAAAGAACUCAAUUCAAUGCUUAGGUAUCCCCUGCUUCUUAUUAACUCAUCGUUAAAAAACACAAAUUCACAGAAAACUAGUUAGUCUUCCGUGGUUUGAAAUGUAUCGACAAGCUACCAUCCUACCCAGUUUGUAAUAAGAUAAACUUAUAAUGAGGAAAAGAGUUAACUCUCAUCAAGGAAACAUUGAAACUUCAUUUAACAUAAGUUCUACUGCGUUACUGGUGUCGCAAAACCGAAACUACUACACAACAAAACAGCUAUAUCUCUUAAUCCAAAUUGUAUCAAAUCGGUGUUUCAUUCAAUCUUGAUAUUAGCAAUUCUUUCUACGUUCGUGCAUAAUUUGUAAACGAAGCUAAGAUCUGUUUUCUCUGGUAUAUUUCGAUUUGCCUUGUACCUUUUGCCGAAGAUGAACAGAAGAAGGAAAAUAAACCAUUUUCAACCAG